AUGGAUCAAUGGAGGAAGCUUCGCGUUCUUGAUGCAGGAUUUUUCGAAAAAAUAUAUUAUGCUGUCAACAUCCAUCCUUCUUCUUUUUUAUCUGCUUCUGUUGCUGCUGUUAAAUGUGCUGAUAUGCACCGUUCUAUUUCACUCCAACAAGAAGCAAAAAUCUUGAUAACUCUCAAAGAUUCUCCUUAUGUGGUUCAAUUCAUUGGAGCAGACGUUAGCAUCAACAAUGAUAAUAUUUCAACUUACAAUCUGUUUCUUGAAUAUGCAUCUGGUGGAUCACUCCAUGAUUUGAUCAACAAUUACAAGAGAGGAAUGAGAAAGAUGUCAGAAUUGGAACCUGCUAAUGUUUUGGUCUUUGAUAAUGCUGAACGUGGUGGGAUGCACAAGUUGAAGUUGACUGAUUUUGGAUUGUCGUUGAGAGUUCCCAAAGGAGUGGCAUAUAUGACUGGAGCUACGUUGAGCAAUCGAGGGACUCUAAUUUACGUGCCUCCAGAAUCUUUGACCAGUGGUUUUCAUGGCAGAGCUUAUGAUAUAUGGUUGCUGGGCUGCACCGUGACAGAGAUGAUGACUGGGAGUCGUGUUUGGAUUUAUCGCAACACUAGAGAUUUGCAAUCACAGAUUAUGAAUGAAUACCCUAUGAUUUGGGGUAAUGUUUCUGAGAUGGCCAAUGAUUUUUUACACAAGUGUUUGAUAAAGGAUCGUCUAAGAAGAUGGACGUCGGAACAGCUACUCCAGCAUCCAUUUAUUCAGCAAGUUGUAUGUAGUUGGAUGCCUGAAACUCAGCGGAGGACAGCAAGGGUCAAUCCUUCUGGUUGCACAGUUUCAGUACCUGAGAAGCAUUUAUUACUUCAUCAACUAGUUUAA